AUGGGGGACAGACAACCAUACCUAAACGGCGCAUACUACGGCCCAUCGGUUCCGCCGCCGACUAAGGCCAAGCGACGCAGAUACGAUUCGCCGGGAAUCGGAUGCUGCUGCUGCAAAUGCAUCGGUAGCUGCAUCGGAAGCUGUAUACGCUGCUGCGGCUGCUGCAUCCUAAGCCUGAUCUGCAACAUCCUAAUCGCCGUCGCCGUAAUCCUCGGAAUCGCCGCCUUGGUCCUCUGGUUCGUAUUCCGUCCCAACGCCGUCAAAUUCUACGUCACCGACGCAAAUCUCAACCGAUUCAGCCUCGAUUCGAGCAACAACAGCAACCUCCACUACGAUCUCGACCUCAAUUUCACGAUCCGCAACCCGAACCAGCGAGUCGGCAUCUAUUACGACGAGAUCAAGGUGAGUGGGUACUACGGAGACCAGCGAUUCGGCACCGGAGACAUCACGCCGUUUUAUCAGGGGCACAAGAACACGACGGUGGCUGCGACGAAAAUCGCGGGGCAGAAUCUGGUGGUGCUCGGCGACGGAGCGAGAGCGGAUCUGGAGGAGGAUGAGAAAGCCGGCGUUUAUCGGAUCGAUGCGAAAGUGAGGAUGAGUGUUAGGUUUAAGUUUUGGGUGAUAAAGUCGUGGAGAUUCAAACCGAAGAUCAAGUGUGAUGAUCUCAAGAUCCCUCUCGGUGGCUCUAAUUCAACCAGCGGGUUUAAGUUUGAGACUGUGAAAUGUGACUUUGACUUUUUUUAG